AUGCCAUCACACUCCGAGAUCAGGUUGAAGGGUGGAAUGUCUAUGAAGAUUCUCAGCCACCCAGGUACUUGCCACUGUGGCAGAUGUAAAUGUGACAAUUUAGAAGGAAAUGGAUUGAUCCAUGGUAAAUACUGUGAGUGUGAUGACAGAGAAUGCAUAGAUGAAGAAACGGGACUGAUGUGCACAGGCCAUGGCAUGUGUUACUGUGGAGACUGUUACUGCGAGGCUGGUUGGCAUGGCGAUAAAUGUGAACUCCAAUGUGACAUCGCCCCCUGGGAGAUCAAGAAGAAGUGUACCUCUCCAAGUGGCAAAAUCUGCAGCAACAGAGGAACCUGUGUAUGUGGUGAAUGCAUAUGUCAUGAUGUUGACCCAACUGGAGAUUGGGGAGAUAUUCAUGGAGAUACUUGUGAAUGCGAUGAACGCAACUGCAAAGCAGCCUAUGAUCGAUAUUCAGAUGAUUUCUGUUCAGGUCACGGCCAGUGUAACUGUGGACGAUGUGACUGUAAGACUGGAUGGACGGGGAAGAAGUGUGAGCAUCCAACGUCUUGCCCUAUCUCCCCUGAAGAGAGCCUUAGGAAAUGCCAAGGCGAUUCACAUCUUCCAUGUUCUGGCAGAGGGAAAUGUGAAUGUGGCCGGUGUACAUGUUUUCCUCCCGGAGAGUCCAAAAUAUAUGGCAAACUUUGCGAGUGUGAUGAUAGACAGUGUGAAGACAACGAUGGCAAUGUCUGCAAUG